GUAGCUGUUGGGGGCCGGCUGGCUUCAGGCUCGAGCAGCAGCUAGGGGCUCCUCAGCUCCCCCCCCCCCCUCUCGCAAGGCAUCCUGCCUAGCCGCUCCUCCGGUGUUUCCAGGCACGCACGCACGCAGCCAGCUUCCAGCCCGGCGGAGCAAGGGGAGGAUGGCGAGGAAGUGACUUGGCCACAGCUGCGGAGAAGGGGGGUCUCGAAGGGGCGCUGCGAAAGAUCCUGUUGGCGUGAACUGUUGAACGAGGAUGGUGUCAUCAAGGUGGGGGUGGUGGCUGUCCUCUUGUUCCCUUGCCAAAGUUCUGGUGGCCUCGGCCGUCUUUGCGGAGAACGCCUCCCAGGUGGGCGCAUACGAGAAUGAGCCGCAGGCCAACAGCACCACCAGCACCACCAACUGCAACGGAUCCAGCGGAUGUCAGCCGGGGGUUCUUCUCCCCGUUUGGCAGCCGGACAACCCGUCCUUGGGCGACAAGGCUGCCCGGGCAAUUGUCUACUUCGUGGCGAUGAUGUACAUGUUUCUGGGGGUCUCCAUCAUUGCCGACCGCUUCAUGGCCUCCAUUGAGGUGAUCACAUCCAAGGAGAAGGAGAUCACCAUCACCAAGUCCAACGGCGAGACCAGCAUCGGCACGGUGAGGAUUUGGAACGAGACGGUCUCUAACCUUACCCUCAUGGCGUUAGGCUCGUCCGCACCGGAAAUACUCCUCUCGGUCAUUGAGGUCUGCGGCCACAACUUUGAAGCAGGAGAACUGGGCCCGGGUACCAUUGUGGGCAGCGCAGCCUUCAACAUGUUUGUGGUCAUUGCUGUGUGCGUCUACGUCAUCCCAGCCGGGGAGAGCCGCAAGAUCAAACACCUGAGAGUCUUCUUUGUCACAGCAUCCUGGAGCAUCUUUGCUUACAUUUGGCUGUACCUCAUCCUUGCUGUCUUUUCGCCAGGGGUGGUAAAAGUCUGGGAGGCCUUGCUGACCCUCGUCUUCUUCCCUGUCUGUGUGGUUUUUGCCUGGAUGGCAGACAAACGCCUCCUCUUCUACAAAUACGUCUACAAGAGGUACCGGACGGAUCCGCGCAGUGGAAUCAUUAUUGGAACUGAGGGUGAGUUCCCAAAGGGGAUAGAGAUGGACGGCAACUUCAUGGCCAAUGAUCAUCGAGAAAGCGUCUUCGUGGAUGGAAGCGUGGCCGCCGUGCCACCUGCACCCAUCACUACGCAGGAGGAGAAGGAGCUGGACGAGAGCCGCAAAGAGGUCAUCCAGAUCCUUAAAGACCUGAAGCAGAAGCAUCCAGACAAAGAACUGGAGCAGCUCGUUGAGAUGGCCAAUUAUUACGCCCUCUUGCACCAGCAAAAGAGCCGAGCCUUCUAUCGUAUUCAAGCCACCCGCCUGAUGACCGGGGCAGGGAACAUCCUCAAGAAGCACAUCUCAGAGUACUCCAAGAAGUCCACGAACCUUCUGGAGGUGCCCUCAGAGGCAGAGGUGGAAGAGAACUACAGCAAGAUCUUCUUCGAGCCGUUUAUGUACCACUGCUUAGAGAACUGCGGCUCGGUCACUUUGACUGUGGCCUGCGAGCAGGGCGGCGACACGUACAACACCUUCUACGUUGAUUACAAGACAGAGGAUGGCUCAGCCAAGGCGGGCUCGGACUACGAGUACAGUGAGGGGACACUGAUCUUCAAGCCGGGGGAGACCCAGAAAGAACUGAAGAUCGGCAUAAUUGAUGAUGACAUUUUCGAGGAAGACGAGCACUUUUUCGUGAGACUGCUCAACCUGCGGGUGGGGGACGCGGAGGGCAUGUUUGAGUCAGACUCAGCUGACCACCCCAAGGGGCGGCUCGUGGCACCCUUGGUGGCCACCAUAACCAUUUUGGACGAUGACCAUGCCGGCAUCUUCACCUUCCAGGACAAACUCCUGAGAGUCAGCGAGUGCCAAGGGACCCUGGAGGUUAAGGUGAUCCGAAGCUCGGGGGCCCGUGGGACAGUCAUGGUCCCCUACCACACUGUGGAAGGGACGGCAAGAGGAGGAGGCGUGGACUACGAAGACUCCAGUGGGGAGCUCGAGUUCAAGGACGAUGACACAGUGAAAUCCCUCUAUGUGAAAAUCGUGGAUGUUGAAGAAUACGAGAAGAAAGACAGUUUCUUUAUAGAACUGGGGCAGCCACGCUGGCUGAAACGAGGCAUCUCAGCUCUUCUUCUAAAUCAAGUAGAUGCUGACAAAAAGCUCUCUGCCGAGGAAGAGGAGGCCCGGCGGAUUGCGGAGAUGGGCAAACCCAUCCUUGGGGAAAACUCCCGUCUCGAAGUCAUCAUCGAGGAGUCCUACGAUUUCAAGAAUACAGUGGACAAGCUCAUCAAGAAAACCAACCUGGCGCUGGUGAUUGGCACGCACUCCUGGAGGGAGCAGUUCCUCGAGGCAAUCACCGUGAGUGCCGGAGACGAAGAAGACGAGGAGGAUGGCCGGGAGGAGCGCCUCCCUUCCUGCUUCGACUACGUCAUGCACUUCUUGACCGUCUUCUGGAAGGUUCUGUUUGCCUGCGUGCCCCCCACCGAGUACUGGAACGGGUGGGCCUGCUUCAGCGUCAGCAUCUUGGUGAUCGGCAUGCUGACGGCCCUCAUCGGGGACCUGGCCUCCCACUUCGGCUGCACCGUCGGCCUCAAGGACUCGGUCAAUGCCGUCGUCUUCGUGGCCCUGGGCACCUCCAUACCAGACACCUUCGCCAGCAAAGUGGCGGCCCUGCAAGACCAGUGCGCUGACGCCUCCAUUGGCAAUGUGACAGGUAGCAACGCGGUCAACGUCUUCCUGGGCUUGGGCGUGGCCUGGUCGGUGGCCGCCAUCUACUGGGCCUUCCAAGGCAAAGACUUUGAGGUGCAGACGGGCACCCUGGCCUUCUCCGUCACCCUCUUCACCAUCUUCGCCUUCAUCAGCAUCAGCGUCCUGAUGUACCGCCGCCGUCCGCACAUAGGGGGCGAACUGGGGGGGCCCCGAACCGCCAAAAUCCUCACCGCCGCCCUCUUUCUGGGCCUCUGGUUCCUCUACAUCCUCUUCGCGAGCUUGGAGGCCUACUGCCACAUCGAAGGGUUCUGAACACUCCUGGCCGGAGGGCACAGAAGUGGGGCGGGCCAGGGAAAAGGGGAGGAGGCUAGAGGUUCACGACACUCUGCAAAGAGACCCUCACUGCAGCCCCUCUUCCCACGCCCCCCGGAGCAUCCGUUUGUACCACAAAUCUCUCUCUUAGCUGCCAGCCCCGGUUUUUCGAGCAUCUCUGGCAGAGGGCGGGGGUUAUUUUUUAACGUAACCUUCCCCCUUCUGCAGCAAACAUUCCAACAGUUUUUGUGUGCGUAUAUGUGGAAGGCCUGCUCCCCCCACACUGCAGACCUGAGUACUGGGUAUUAAAACCGACGGGAACAGGGCUUCCCCCCCGCCCCAAUUUGCCUCCUCGCUUGGCUGAAGGAACUGCUGGUGUGUCGACUAAAUUGCUAUCCAGGGAUCCGACAGCUCUAACCCAGCCAGGACCCCAGAAUUUGGAAGAAGCAAGAACCUUGUUCCAUCAAAGGUUUUGUAAAAAGUGUUGCCUCCCCCCCUCCUUACUGUAUUUUUGAAUGGGGGGCCCCGGGACACGCGGAGUGGGGUGUGGAGAUGCUAGAGAGGGACAGUAUCAGGAACGAGGUGGGGUUUUACUGUUUAUUCUCUCUCUGUC